AUGGCGAUACUACCUGGAGAACUGCCUCCUCUAGCCUGGAGAACACUCUCCCCUAGCCUGGAGGACCCCACCCUCCUCCCACGACCUCUCUCCCCAAGCCUGGAGGACCCCACCCUCCUCCCACGACCUCUCUCCCCAAGCCUGGAGGACCCCACCCUCCUCCCACGACCUCUCUCCCCUAGCCUGGAGGACCCCACCCUCCUCCCACGACCUUUCUCCCCUAGCCUGGAGGACCCCACCAUCCUCCCAAGACCUCUCUCCCCUAGCCUGGAGGACCCCACCCUCCUCCCACUACGUCUUUCCCCAAGUCUGGAGAACACCAUCCUCCUCCCACGACCUCUCUCCCCUAGCCUGUACGACCCCUCCCCUAGUACUGAUGUAAGACUGUACCCUGUUUUAGUGUGA